UCUCCUCCUCCAUUUACCCACUUUCCAUCUGCGCUUUCCUUCUUCCAUAGAAGCAAAAGCUCACACCCACGGUCCCGUGAACCCGCAAAGGCAAAGCAAUCCGCCCUACCUUCCCCCAUUAAACUCGUAGCCGAACGCCACCGCUUCUUCUUCCACCAUCUCCAUCGGACCCAUUUCAGAGCCACAAGCAAUCCAUGGAAGACCCGAAACCGGCUCCGGACCCGACAGCCCAAACUCCUCCCGGUCAACCACCUCUUCCACCGCAGAGCAAGAAGCGACCGCGGGACGCCAAUGCCUCCUCCGUUCAGAACUCCAAGUACUUCAAGAUGCGCGCCGUGCUGAGCGACCUCCGUCCCCAUUUCGUUGAGGUGCUUCGGACCCCAGAUUUUCGGAACUGCAAUUCAGCUGAAGAAAUCAGAAAACAGGUUAGGCUUCUGAUGGAUCUGUAUACUCAGAUUACUGGAAAUAGCGUUCUGGAAGUCCAGCCUUCCGCAGCAGAAAACCGGAAUGGUCAAAAGGCUCCAGAUUUCAAGUCGAAAGAGCACCCAGAGCAAAGAUCCUCGAAACCAUCCGACAACAAGCCUUUUCAAUCAGGGUUUGCAUCCGAGAAGCAGCGACCUGAUGAUGACGGUAAAUUCAUUGUUGGUGCAUCUGCUUUUGGCUGGAAUUUCUUCACCUUCCCGGGUAACGAACCGGUUUAUUAUGGCGUGACUAAGGAAUCAUUCCGAGCUGCUCAAAUGAAUGUUCAAGGAUUGUAACUGGGUCUCUCUCUUUCUCAUCUUGGGAGAUCAAAAGCAAUCGCGUAACGCCUCGAUGUAUCAUUGCCAAGGAGAUUUAUCUGGCGAUCAUUCUGUAUAUGUUGUAGUUGAUUUAUCUUCACAAGGAUCAUUCAGAAUCUGACUUUAUGUUUUCGGCACAAUGUGAUGUUUGAGCUAAUUCUUCCA